ACACCCAGCUGGACCCCACCACCUCCUGAGGCAGGCUACGGGUACGGGCUCGCGACCCACGGAGUGGACCAUGGCGGAGGUCCCUACGGCAGCGCCGCCGGCGGGAGAUACGGUUUCCACCAAUUGCCCGACGGCGGAGGGCUCUACCAGCAGCAAGAAGUGAGCAACCAACGUACCACACUAUCCUUCUGCUGCCGGACCGGACGCCCAACAACCGCGAGCCUACGAGGCCUUCGACACCUCGCAGCAGCAUGAGCAGCAGCAGCACUACGGUGCACUCCAGGCGACCUCUUCCUCCUCCUCUCUCUCUCUCCAGCUCCAGGCGACGCUCUACCUCCAGCCGGCGAUUCCCCCCUGCACCUCUUCGCGGCACGUGGCGUGUGCCCUCGAGGCAAGUCUGAGAUUGGUUUUGAAAAGGAUGUUGGUUUUUCGAAGUCUGACGUGUUCACGAGUGCGGAGUCUCAUGUGUCAAUGCCUGGUGUUCCCCGCGUGCCUGCUGUGCAUGAACGUUCUGAUGAUGAGUUCGGUGUCUUGAAGUUUGGUGUGUCUACUCAUGAUGUACCCCGCGUGCCCGCUGCACUUGAGAGUCCUGAUGAAGUGGUCGGCGUUCCGGAGUGUGAUGCAUCUGUCCCUGAUACACCAAGUGUGCCUGGAAAGGUUGUCGUAGCCCGUCUCACCCGCUGUCCCACGGUUGAGAAAGCUUUCUUGUGCCAACCCUCCAUGCCGAAUCCGAUUGGUAGCGAACAAUGGCAGGCCGAUUCUGGAGCGAGUGCGAUGAUUACAAACAAACUGGAUGCAAUGUACAAUGUACGCCACUUGGGCCCGGAUGAACGAUUUAUUCAGAUGGGAGACUCGGCUCUCAUCAAGGUUGCCGCUGUGGGGAGUUUGGACCUUAGGUUCCACCAAAUCGGAGCCGACGGGAAACAGGAGGAUUUGGACGUCACUGUGCCAGAGGUUUUGUUUGUACCCGGGUGUGGUUUCAACCUUUUCUCGGUAUGGAAGGUGUCUCACAAGCAUGAGGUCCGUAUCAACCCCAACGGUACGCAAAUGAUGCACGGGAAACUGCGUUUUAUUCGUGGCGUUUCGAGCGAUUCCCUUUUUGCAACCCGCCUUCCCCACAAAUCCCUGCCUUCUAUGGACGUUGCGCAUAUGAGAGUGCCCGUGAGGGUCCUUU